UAUUUGCAAAAAGUUAGGGAAAAACUAAACACGACAGCAGCCACGAUUGUUGUGGAAACAUAUUUUUGGAUUAACGUUUACAGAUUUCAAGCAUGUUCCGUUGCAAGAGAGCCGAGAUCUUCAGAUUGUGGAACACAAGUGAGCCAUUUAGGUCUGGGCGAGGUUGACUUUGAGAUUGUGACAAACAGACAUGGAUCCAAAUAAAGCGUACGAUGUGGUUGUGAUUGGAGGAGGGCUAGCUGGGCUUUCGGCGGCCUUUCGGCUCAAGCAAAGAAGCCCCAAACUGGCGGUCAUCAUUUUGGAGGCCAAGGAUCGAGUGGGUGGUCGGACAUUAACUAUAGAAGCCGAGGGCCAAAAUGGCGUCAAAGAUUGGUUUGACCUCGGAGGACAUUGGGUUAGUGACAGUCAAAAGGACAUCAUGGAACUUCUUCACCACUUCAACAUUUCCUAUUAUCCGCAAAACGUGAGUGGAACGAAGAUUCUUCAAGUCGGAGAUGGAGCCAUUCGAACCUACGAGUCAGAUAUUCCUAGUCUUGGAUCCUGGAUAGCUCUGAUUCAACUCCAAUUGUUCAUCACGAAAGUGGAAAGUCUGGCUAGGAAAUUUGACGUGAAUGAUCCUUUCGCAUCUCAUCCAAGUUUGGCCAAAUACUACGAUUCCAUGACUGCAGCUAGCUUCCUUCACGCUCAUUUAGCCCAUCAGAGUGUCUACCAGAUAUUCAAUGCUGGUAUCCUGGCAGUCAUGGGGUGCGAUAUAACCCAAGUGUCUAUGCUGUUUCUUUUAACUUAUGCUAAUUCAGCAGGAGGGCUUCAAAAGUUACUUCUGGUUGAAAACCAAUCCGCUCAACAAUACAAGGUCAAGGGCGGAACUCAACAGAUUUGUCUCAAACUUUUAGAAUCAGUUGGAAGGAAGCAACUCCUUUUAAACCGCAAAGUUGUUCUUGUGGAUCAAAGCGGCGUCGAGACCUCUGUGAAAUGUGCAAAUGGCGAGGAGUACACUUGUAAACACGUGAUUUGCACCCUCCCUCUUGGGCAAAUGACCAAAAUGGAAAUACUACCAAAAUUAUCCCAGGCCAAGCAAGUUCUUUCAAGGCAAAUGAGAAUGGGUAAUUUAAGUAAGGUAUACCUUUUCUACCCUACCGAUUUUUGGAACAGGAAGGGAUUUUCGGGUGAGGUGGUGUGCUACAGGGGACCAUUCUCGCCUCAUGAAGAAAUUGAGCAACCUAUUUGUGUCAUGUAUGAUGCCACUACUUCCAAAGGAGUUGCUGUCUUGAAAGGUUUCCUUGGAGGACAAACCAGUGAUUAUUGGAUGGAUCAGCCUCUGGAGACUAGAAAAAAGGCUGUUCUCAAACAAAUGGUUUCCUACUUUGGCGAGGACGCCAGGAGCCCCAUUAAAUACAUUGAGAAAACUUGGACCGAUGAAGAUGCCAUUGAAGGAGGUCCUGUGGAGUACUUACCUCCAGGUUUCAUGCACCAUUUUAAUGGAAUUCGUGACUCAGAGGGACGAAUUCAUUUUGCCGGAACUGCAACAGCCACGGAUUGGACGGGUUAUCUGAGUGGAGCUGCUCAAUCAGGAUUUCGGGCAGCUUCGGAAGUUCUGCAUCAAUUGGAUCCGGACCAAUUGACUGAAAAAGAUCACGAUUAUUUGAAACCGAAGACGCCUAAGAAAGAGGCACCAACUUUCAUUGGUCAAAUCCUAGGAAAAUUUGGUUAUUAACAAACUCGGCCAGUAUUUAUGCACUUUUUUAGCAUUACUACUUCACCCUUGUUUCAGAGUAUUGAAGGAAGUAAUGAGACAUGACUGAUUCCUUGGAAGAGAACAGAAAAAAAUAAAGUGGGCUGUUCAUGUACAUAGUUCAGAAUACAAAGAAACCCUAAAAGUC